AUGACCUCGCCGGUGACCGUCGGCCUCGACGGCGGCCCCGCGACGCCCGUUGUUCUUGCCGGCAACCCGGGCCUGCGUGCCGAGAACCUCGGCAAGAGCUUCAAGAAGCGGCCGGUCCUGCGCGGCCUCAGCCUGACCGUCCAACGGGGCGAGGCGGUCGGCCUGCUCGGGCCCAACGGUGCCGGCAAGACGACGUGCUUCUACCUGAUGACCGGGUUGGUGGUGGCGGACUAUGGCCGCGUCUUCCUCGACGGGCACGACAUUACGGGGCUUCCCAUGUACCGCCGCGCCCGGCUCGGCCUCGGCUACCUGCCGCAGGAGGCCUCGAUCUUUCGCGGGCUCACGGUGGAGAACAACAUUCGCGCGGUGUUGGAAGUGUCGGUGCCGGCGCGCGACGAGCGCGAGCAGGCACUCGACGAGCUGCUUGCGGAGUUCUCGAUCACCCACUUGCGCCGCGCGCCCUCGCUCGCGCUCUCGGGCGGUGAGAGGCGGCGCGUGGAGAUCGCCCGUGCCCUCGCCUCGAAGCCGCGUUUCAUGCUGCUCGACGAGCCGCUGUCCGGGAUCGACCCGAUCGCGGUCGCGGAGAUUCGCGACCUCGUGGCCCACCUCAAGGACCGCGGCAUCGGCGUGCUGCUGACGGAUCACAAUGUGAGGGAAGCGCUCGAAAUCGUCGAUCGCGCCUACAUCAUCAACGAGGGCACCCUGUUGAUGGAGGGCCCCCCUUCGGAGAUCGUCUCACACGACGAAGUUCGCCGCGUUUACCUCGGCGAUCGCUUCCGUCUCUAA